GUACGCCAAGGAAACCCCGUACGUCACGCCGCGUAGCUUUGAAACUGAAGGAGGAAAUAUUUAUUUAAAAUCUGACGCAAGGGCGCUAAAUCUAAAACAAAUUGUAAAUAAAAUGUAAAAAUUAAAUAAAAAACUAUUUUACUGAAGCAGCUGCACAUUCAGAAGUUUGUGAUACACGCACAAAAGAAUGGCACCGCGCUUGCAGCUAGAGAAGGCAGCCUGGCGCUGGGUCGAAUCGGUGAGACCGGAGGACAUUCAACGGGAGCACAUUGAGCUGGCGUACCGGAUCGGUGUACCGGCGUGUAAGAGAGGUACUUGCAGGCGGAAUUGUAAAGGAAACCCUAAUUGCCUUGUGGGCAUUGGUGAACAUGCCUGGUUGGGGGAGAUUGAUGAAAAUACUUUCCACAACAUUGAUGACCCAAACUCUGAGCGUAGAGAUAAGAACACCUUUGUGGGACUGACCAACCUAGGUGCCACAUGCUACGUCAACACCUUCUUGCAGGUGUGGUUCCACAACCUGGAGCUCCGCAAGACCCUUUAUCUUUGUCAGAAUGCCCGGGCUGAGGAGCACAACAUGGACUCAGAUUAUGAGCCUCAGACUAUCUGUGAGCACUUGCAGUACCUGUUUGCACUGCUGCAGAACAGUAACAGAAGGUACAUUGACCCCUCGGGGCUGGUCAAGGCACUGGGGUUGGAUACAGGACAACAGCAGGAUGCCCAGGAGUUCUCCAAACUCUUCCUAUCGCUGCUAGAGGACACCCUGUCCAAACAGAAGAACCCCAGCCUGCAGAACAUCAUCCAGCAGCAGUUCUGUGGACAGUUCUCCUACGUCACUGUGUGUAACCAGUGCGGCCGUGCGUCCCCCUUGCCCUCCCGCUUUUACGAGCUGGAGCUCAACAUCCAGGGUCACAAAAACCUCACAGAAUGCAUCACAGAGUUCCUCAAGGAGGAGAAGCUGGAAGGGGAUAACCGCUACUACUGCGAGAGCUGCCAGAGCAAACAGAACGCCACACGGCGCAUCAGACUCCACAGCUUGCCGCGCACCCUCAACCUCCAGCUUAUGCGCUUCAUCUUCGAUAGACAAACGGGCCACAAGAAGAAGCUCAACACCUUCAUUAGUUUCCCUGAGCAGCUGGACAUGGGCCCCUUCCUGGAAGGCAAAGACGAGAAGUGUGUGUACGAGCUGAGUGCCGUGCUAAUCCACCGCGGUGUCAGUGCCUACUCAGGCCACUACAUCGCACACGCCAGGGACGCCCGCACCAGCGACUGGUACAAGUUCAACGAUGAGGAGAUCGAGAAAAUGGAAGGCAAGAAGCUGCAGCUAGGCAUCGAGGAGGACAUUGCCGAGACAGUGAAGACCCAAGCACGGAAGCCCAAGUGCAGCAAAGGCUACCACUGCUCCAGAAACGCCUACAUGCUGGUGUACAAGUGUCAGGAGGAGGAAGUGACCGAUCCCUCACAGACCAUUGUCCAGGUGCCAGCUAUUUUGCAGAGGCUGGUGGACCUGGACAACCGUAAGUUUGAGGAGUGGUGCUGUGAGAUGGCGGACAUGCGGAGGCAGAGCGUGGAUAAGGGCAAGGCAAAGCACGAGGAGGUGAAGGAACUCUACGAGCUUUUACCCGCGGACGACGGCGAGCCGUACGAGUUUGUCCCUCUGGAAUGGCUGAAGAAGUGGCUGGACGACUCCACGGCCACCAAGGAGAUGGACAACUCGCACUUCCUGUGCUCGCAUGGCAAGCUCCACCCCGACAAGGUGGGCGAGGCCAAGAGGAUCUCGCAGCGCGCCGCCCAGAUCCUGCACGAGCGCUACGGGGGGGGACCCCGACUUGACCACACGUCUCUGUGCGAGGAGUGUGUUGGCCAGCGCUGCCGGGUGCUCCGUCUGAAGAACCAGCUCCAUGAGGACUACAGGGAGGUUUCCAACCUAGUCAAAAGCAACACCAAGAGCGAUGUGGGCUACUGGGUGAGCAAGGCGUCCCUCCGCGUCUGGAGGGUGCUGGCGCUGGAGCAGCUGGACGAGGACGAGGAGGAGACCCGACACAGCAACGGCAAGACCAACGGAGAAGGGCCGGACAUCAGCGCCAUGAAAGAGUAUGAACCCGAGCCUCAGGAGGGGGGCGGCGACGAAGAGAUGAAGACUUUUAACGAGGACAUCCUCUGUUGUCACGGAGGUCUGAGUAUCCUGGAGACGGAGCGGCGCCUGGUGACGGAGGAGGUGUGGUCCAAGUUGAGGGCGUACUUCCCCAAGGCACCUCAGUUCACCCAGCAACAGGAGCCAUGCCAACAGUGCCUGAGGCUGGAGCGUGAGGGGAAAGAGAACGAGGCCCUUAACAGGAUGAUGGCAUCGGAUCAGAAGAGCUCCUUGCUCAACCUCUUCCAAGAGAAGAACAGGCCUGUGCUGACCAAGUGGCCUCAGGAGACAGACACGCUUUAUGUGGUUUCCAUGUUCUUUGUGGACGAGUGGAAGAAAUUCAUUAGGAGGCCUGCAAAGACCACGCCAGUGUCCAGUGUGGGGAACAGCCUGCUGCUUUGUCCUCAUGGGGGGUUCAUGUUCACCUACGACUCCAUGUUGAAAGGAGACGCCCAGCAUAUAGCUCUUCUCUGGCCCAGCGAGUGGGAGGUGAUCAGCAGACUCUUCCUGGUAGACCAGCCAAUCUCCAUCUGCCGCCUCAGCCAAACCACGCCCACUGGCCCCACUGUGGAGUACACCACUCAGCCUGAGCUGUGUAGGGAGUGCAGAGACGGCUUCAUCUUCCAGCAGCAGAGAGACCUGAGGGAGUAUGCCCAGGCCACCGUCUAUGUCCGCAAAGUCGUCGAUGACAAGAGGAUGAUAAAGGACACGGCUCCUGAGAUGAAUGUGAGCGGAUCUGAGGCGGAGGAGGAGAGGGAAGAGCCUACUAAAGUAGACGGAGAGAGGGACCCAGACUUCAGCCAGUCAGAAGACGGGGCCAAGCGUCUGAAACUGAGCGAUGACGUCGCAGCCGGAACCUCCCCAAGCCCCGCCCCCAUCUCCAGCACCAGCACCAGCAAAGCAGGCAGCAUCCGGCGGAGCACGCGUCACAGGAAAUUGCGGGGGGAGAAAGCUCUUAUUGUCUCAGCCAAUCAGACACUCAAGGAGCUGAAGAUACAGAUCAUGCACGCCUUCUCGGUGGCUCCAUUCGACCAGAACCUGUCCAUCGACGGGCGGUGUCUAACAGAUGAUUCGGCCACGCUGGGAAGUCUAGGUGUCAUCCCAGAUAGUAUCAUCUGCCUUAAGGCCGAUGAACCCAUAGCAGAUUAUGCAGCAAUGGACGAUGUUUAUCAGGUUGGUAUGCCUGAAGAAGGAUUUAAAGGCACUGGGCUUCUUGGACACUGAGAAAAACACUGCUGAAGAUGCCCUUGAUAGACUAAAGUCAGAAGAGAAUAUCUAAAGCUUGAAUUUGUCAAGUGUCCAUACUUGGAUUUAAGUGCUUUAAUUUGGUUCUGUUUUUUUGUUUGUUUUGUUCUUUUUUUAAACUGUGACUAUGUUGCAAACCUUUUUCGUUUACCUGUUUUCAAAAUUAUUGCUGGCUUUUAAUAUUUAAAGACGCUUAUGCAUUCUCUGAGACUGUGUUUGUGCUCUUACCCCGGACUGUGAUUGGGUGUAGAAAGUUCAGUAACAUUUUCCAGUGCUCUCCAAUCAAUGCCAUUCAUAGAAGAGGCUUGCAUCUUUCAUUGUAGGAUGCAAAGUUACCCUGAAAGUUACCCUUCCAAGAAACAUCUUUCUGUUUGAUAGAAGCCUGUGGUGUCACUGCAAUUUUCUUCACACACAUUUAAAGAAUGCAUGAGCAACUGUUAAAUAUUGGAAUCAUAACUAUUUGGUGGAUAAACGUGAAUUACCUCAACAAUAAAUAAAAUAUGAUAACCCCCUAUGACAUUUAGAGGAGAUAGCAAUGAUAUCUGUAUAUUUCUUAAAAACAUUUUGAAGUUAGAUUAGGUUUGUUCUGCAUCCAGAGCAAGAAAGCAGGCAUUGGUGUGAAUUGUUUUUUUCUCUCUUUUAUUUCAUAUUGGCAAUAAAGUAAUUGUUUCUUCUA